AUGGUUCUUUUUGUUUUGGUAUUAAUUUCUGUUGUCCUCAUAACUUCAGCAUCCUCUUUGACGUGUCCAUCUCAAAAAGAUGCUGAAGUUCUUAUUUUUGGUGCUGGUACGGCUGGAGUGACGGCGGCUAGAGUUUUCAACGAUCAUGGCUUAAACAGUUUUAAAGUACUAGAGGCGUAUGGCAAAAUUGGAGGAAGAAUAAGAAAUGUUGCUUUUAAAGGGGUUCAGAUCGAGGUUGGUGCAAACUGGAUCCACGAAGCACCAGCUAAUACUGGGAGCAGAAGCGAUAACGACAAUCCAAUAUGGACACUGGCUCGCCAUUCAGGCUGCUAUGUACAGGGCAAUGAAUUUCAGGGAAGUUUUACAUCAAGUGCUAUCUACAUGGAUUUGAAUGAUAGACAACAAUUUGAAACUGUCAAUGCUGAUAACAUUGUGACGGAAUAUAUGACAAAGUAUGAGGAAGCAAUUGGAACUGCUGGUACUAACACUGUCAGGCAAGGACUGAAUAUAAAUGACUGGCACCCAGAUUCCGCAUUGAAGCAAGUAAUUGAAUGGAGCGAGUUUGAUUUCACAUAUGCUACAACUCCAGAAAAUCCGGUGUGUCAUUAA